AUGGCCGAUGAGAACUCCAAGUAUACAGAUCUUUCUUCACACGGCAAUCUGGAGAGCGAGGACCCUCUUCUUCCUGCAAAAGAAUCCUGGGAAGCGGAGAUUUUCUCAGAGACGCAAGAGCUGUCUCGAAACUGCUACCGUAUUGGAAAAUGGGCGGUGAUCGCAAAUUUGCUACUGUUCUCGGUGUCUUUGACGAUCCUGUCAUGGCAAACAAUUUCAUGGAUCAAGAUGAGAAACAUCAAAAAUCCAAUUCUGAGACAGAUGGUUACCUACUCUCCAAUCCUCGACGAAGUCGACAUGACCUUUGGUACGAAGCAAAUCGUAGGCGAAGAUGUCGAUAUCGACCACUCUAUCUUUCGGCAGCCACCAUCACCAGCAGUUGACGCGGCAUGGAACAAUCUGAGUAACAAGAAUACGAUCUGGGUGUCGUCAUCCGACAUUAUUCGGAUGGGCAAAGAUCCCAAAACCGUUGCCAAAUUUCCAGAGUCCUUCAACCUGGGUCCUGACGCUUACGCCGCAGAGCUGGACAGCCUGCACAGGAUUCACUGUCUCAACUCGCUCCGCAAAGAAAUCUACUAUGACUACUACUUUAGGGACAGAUUCGGAGAUGGAAAGCCGCCUGCACUGCACCAGGCGCACACAGAACACUGCCUCUACGUCCUUCUGCAACACCUCAUGUGCGACGCUAGCACCGACAUUGUCACUCGCGAAUGGGUCGAAGGCCAGAUCCUGCCCUACCCGGAUUUCAGCAUCAACAGAAAGUGCAACAACUUCGACGCCCUCAUGACGUGGUACGAGAGCAGAAUUGUUCCCAACGACCAGUUCAGAGCCAUGGUGAUGCCCGAAGACUUCACCCCAAAGCCCGUCUCCGACGAGUUCAAGCGAGUGUUUGGCUAUGCCGAUGGGCCUGAUGCUCCGGGCCAUGCUUAUCAGCACGAUUGA